AUUAGUUUAGUUUGUCAAGGCUGAAACAUCUCAAAUGGAAGAGUUUGUGUGCAGGCAAGGUGAGAAACUGCUGCUGAGGCAGGUGGUUCGUAAACCCUAUGAAGACUGGAUCUGAAUGAGGUGUGGUUCAAAUGGAACCUUGGGCAGGCAGAUGGAGAUCCUGACAAAGGGCUGUGGGUCUGGGAUCCCAGUUUGGGGGCCCCAGCCAACCCCCAGGACAACUUUGCAAACUGAGCCUGGGAUCCCCAGGCAGCCCCUGUUCCAGUAGUGCCACUGAACAGGGGAGGGCUUGGCCUUGGCUGGAUGCUGCUGCCCUUUCCCUCUGCCUUUCCUUGGAUCUUGUGAGACAUCCCGAUCAGCCGGUCAGAGGUGAGAGAACCCCAGUCAGAGGAGAUUGCUGAGUGCUCAGGUAAUGCCUCUUCAGAUUAACAUUACUAGCCAGGAGCUGUGGGAAGAAAUGCUGUGUCUCAAAGGACUCAUUGUUGUCGAUGUGUUUCAAGCCUGGUGUGGCCCAUGCAAACCGGUAGUGAAUCUGUUCCAAAAAAUCAGGAACCAAGUUGGCAGUGAUCUCCUGCAUUUUGCUGUGGUACUGGAACUGACCUGUGAGCUGGCUGUGCCCCUGCUUCUGACCAGUGUCAUUUUGCCCCCUAAGUCUGGGACCCAGAGGUGUUUUCCUGUGUGGGGGGCUGAAGUUGAUUCCAUUGACGCUCUGGAAAAAUACAGAGGACAAUGUGAGCCUGUCUUUCUCUUUUAUACAGGAGGAGAAUUAGUGGCUGUGGUAAGAGGAGCAGAUGCACCAUUGCUGCAGAAGACCAUCCUGAAACAUCUGGCAGGGGAAAGGAAGAGUUUACAUGGAGGAGAGCCCGUGGUGGUGCCAGACAGAGCCUUCUCCAGAGAGCAGGGAAGCACGGCUCCCCUUCAGGAGGAACAACAGGAAGGACUAACAGUGCUGCAUCCUGGCCCUGUGCACACCAAAUCUGAGGCUCCAGAAUGCGGGAAUCAAAGGAAAACCCUCCUGGCUCUAGCUGAAGCACCAUGGGAUGAAGGGGCGUGAGGGGUGUUGGUGUCUGCCUCUCCUUUCUGCGCCUAUUAAUUUUGUCCAUUUUCUUC